UGCCGGCUUACGAAACCAUUUUGGGUCCACCAUCGUAAACCAAGUCCCACCCGUCGUGGCCACCCUUCAUUCGCGUGAAACGUACAUCGGUCAGUGCUAAAAGAUAAAAAAAGGCAGUUUCAUGACUACUGCUGCCAACCCGAAUAACUCUGUAACGAAGAAACUGCGCAUCACAGUCGUCGCCGCAGAUGGAUUGUCGAAGCGCGAUGUCUUCAGGUUCCCAGACCCCUUUGCUGUUAUAACUGUUGAUGCAGAACAGACGCACACUACCAGCAUAAUCAAAAAGACUCUUAAUCCGUAUUGGAAUGAAGGUUUUGAUGUUAACGUCAAGGAAUCGUCUGUCAUCGCCGUGCAAAUAUUUGAUCAAAGAAAAUUCAAAAGGCGGGACCAAGGAUUCCUUGGAGUUGUCAAUGUCUGUGUGCGGGAUCAUAUCGAUAUCCAUAGCGAAGGGCGAGAAAUGCUGACUCUGGACCUCAAGAAGUCAAAUGACAACCUGGUAGUACAUGGAAAACUUGUAGUCUAUUUAUCCACAGAUACAAACACGCCUAUCCCGAAUCCUGGUCCACCUCAAACAGGUGGAAACAUCUUGGCUGCGUUGGAAGGUCUUAACCCAUCUACUUCCGAGCUUGUUCCUUCCACUUCCACAAACACUAUUGGGAAUACCCGCCCUAUCGGUAACACUCUUGAGGUUCCGACCCCUAUUCCAGCAUCGGCAACUAGCUCACCAGCCACAUCAACUCUUGAGCACUCCAACUCCCUUCGCAGUCGCCCCACUAGUGCGACCACGUCCCCAGCUACCAAUCCUGCCAGCAUUCCAUCACCAGUUACGAACACGGCGGCAAACGUAGUUGUGACUUCCGCAAAUGCUCAAGCAGUGAAUGCCAUGCGGAACUUCAAUCCCCACGAGGACCAACAUGGCCCGUUGCCCCCUGGAUGGGAACGCCGGGUUGAUCAUCUUGGUCGCACUUACUACGUCGAUCACAAUACACGAACUACGACAUGGAACAGGCCUUCUAACAACCAGACGGCGAACACUCAAGCGCAGCAGGAUACUGAUACUGCCCGAGCAGGUCACAAUCGUCGCAUCCUGGCCGAUGACCUUUUGGGGACUGCAAGCAGUUCACGUUCAGGAGGUGCCACUCCUGCCACUGGUGGUGCCACCGCCGUUGUAGGCGCAAAUGGUCCGCAGACAACCGCCGGAAGUGGGGCUCUGCCCGCUGGAUGGGAAGAAAGGCAUACACCUGAAGGUCGCCCUUACUAUGUUGACCACAACACACGAACGACCACUUGGGUGGAUCCUCGUCGUCAGACACUCGUCCGAAUGCUUGGACGUGAUGGGAAUCAGGUCACGGUGCAACCUCAGCCUGUUUCCCAGCUUGGCCCCUUGCCUUCUGGGUGGGAGAUGCGCCUCACGUCUACUGCUCGUGUUUACUUCGUUGAUCAUAACACCAAGACUACGACCUGGGAUGAUCCUCGUCUGCCAUCAUCGCUCGACCAGAACGUACCGCAAUACAAGCGUGACUUCCGUCGCAAGCUCAUCUAUUUCCGUUCUCAACCUGCAAUGAGGAGCCAACCGGGUAAUUGCCAAAUUAAGGUUCGACGAAACCACAUCUUCGAGGACAGUUACGCGGAUAUCAUGCGCCAAACUCCAAGCGAUUUGAAGAAGCGCUUGAUGAUCAAGUUCGAUGGCGAAGAUGGUCUUGAUUACGGUGGUCUUUCUCGUGAAUUCUUCUUCUUGCUCUCCCAUGAGAUGUUUAACCCAUUCUACUGUCUGUUCGAGUACUCAGCAACAGAUAACUACACGCUCCAGAUCAACCCUGCCUCUGGCGUGAACCCUGAACAUCUGAACUACUUCAAGUUUAUCGGAAGAGUCAUGGGUCUUGCCAUCUUCCAUCGUCGAUUCCUAGAUGCCUAUUUCAUCACCAGUUUCUACAAGAUGAUUCUUAAGAAGAAAAUUACUCUCGCUGAUUUGGAAAGUGUCGAUGCUGAACUGCAUCGUGGCAUGACUUGGAUCCUGGAGAACGACAUUACGGAUGUUAUCGAUGAGACCUUCACCACAACAGAAGAUCGUUUCGGCGAGCUUGUGACGAUCGAACUCAAGCCUGGUGGUGCUGACGUCCCUGUGACGGAGGAGAAUAAGAAAGAAUACGUCGAAACCGUCAUCGAGUAUCGUAUCGUUCGUCGUGUGAAAGAACAGUUCGACGCCUUCAUGUCUGGCUUCAGUGAACUGAUCCCUCAAGAGCUCAUUAACGUGUUCGACGAGCGGGAACUCGAGCUUCUCAUUGGAGGCAUGUCCGAUAUCGAUGUUGAUGACUGGACCAAGUACACGGAUUAUCGUGGCUACGAGAUGAACGAUGAAGUUAUUCAGUGGUUCUGGCAAAUUAUUCGAAGCUGGCCGACCGAACGCAAGUCUCGCCUGCUGCAGUUCGCUACUGGAACGUCGCGUAUCCCCGUCAACGGGUUCAAGGAUCUUCAAGGAUCAGAUGGUCCUCGACGGUUCACGAUCGAAAAAGCUGGAGACCCCAGUCAGUUGCCGAAGAGUCACACCUGUUUUAAUCGCAUCGACUUGCCCCCUUAUAAAGACUACAACACCUUGGAGCACAAGUUGACUCUUGCCGUGGAGGAGACUGUUGGUUUUGGACAAGAAUAACUGAAUCCACUAUACCCGAAGUUCCCAUUUUAUUGGCCGCGAUUGUUACGACCUUUUUUUUU